AUGGGGAAACCAAAAAAUAUACUCGUAAGACGUUCAGAAAGGAUUUUCAAUCGUCGUCAUUCGUUACCUGUAUUCGAAGAAGAAUCGAGCGACGAAGCUGAUGAGGGAGCUGUUUUAGAGUUGAAUGGACUGACUGAUGAAGGGGAUGUCAUUGAUUCAAUCACCUAUGACGAAUCGGAUGGAGGAAGCGGUAGUGAAGAAUAUGUGUCAGAAGAAGAGGGUAAUCACGACGAUGAAGACGAUUGGACCGAUAACACGAAGCAUUUAGAUAAUCUGACUCAAUCAUUCGACGGCAUGCCCAGCGUUGCUGAUGUUAUGGGAGAGAAAGAGGUCGAUUAUUUUGGCAAACUUCUGAAUGAAUCAAUAACACAAAGAAUUGUGGACGAAACGAAUUUAUAUUCCCUUCAAAAUCAAUCGAAAAAUUGGACGCCUCUUUCCUGCCAAGAGCUGUUGGCUUUCGUCGGAAUGCUAAUUCUAAUGGGCAUUCACCAACUCCCCACGCUGAAAUGUUACUGGUCAUCCGACCCCAUUCUUCGCGUCGACGCAAUUGCCGCUGUAAUGCCUGCAAGUCGAUUCAAAAAAAUAGUUGAAAAUUUGCAUUUGAACGACAAUGAGAAACAACUACCACGAACUGAUCCGAAUUACGACAAGCUGCACAAGUUACGGCCGCUUCUUGAUCAUUUGAAUGAUGUUAUCGACAGAGUAUACAAACCAUCGUCACGUUAUUCCAUCGAUGAGUCUAUGAUAAAAUUCAAAGGAAGAUGCUUUUUGAAACAAUACAUGCCGCAAAAGCCGAUCAAGUGGGGUUACAAAGUUUGGUGCUUAGCAGACGCUCUUACUGGUUACAUCAUCUCUUUCUUCAUCUACACCGGACAAGAGGUCUCCAAAUUUGCGACAACAUUAGGAGAAAGAGUUGUAAUGAAAUUAGCUGCUAAAAUAAAACCAGGCUCGAUUGUCGCUUUCGAUAAUUUUUUCACCAGUUUCUCACUGAUGAAAAAUUUGGCUACAAAAAAUAUUUUUGCAUGCGGAACAGUAAAGUCCAAUUCCAAAGGAUUGCCGGACUUCAUGCGAAACAACAAGGCGAAUCAGAAAGUUGACAAAAAUAUGAAGAGGGGAGAGUUUCAAUUCAAGGCAAAAAAUCGCAUCGCAGCAGUGAAAUGGAUCGAUAAGAAACCGGUUCGCUUUUUGUCAACGGCACACAGCCCGAGAAAUGUAUCAAAUGUUCGGCGUAGAAUUGGAAAAGGAUCGAGAGUCGAUAUUGGUUGUCCGAAAGUGGUCGAAGAUUAUAACAAAAUUAUGGGAGGAGUUGAUAAGUUCGACCAGUACCACGAGAGAUAUGCAAUCGAUUAG